AAAGCGAAAAAUGCGACGAAAACAAAACGACAAGGUGGAACGUAAAAAGAUCGCUUAUUGCGAAAAUAAAUUGAAAAGAGCUGGAGUAAAUAUUUAAUUGUGAAAUCGGGAUCACCAGGGAAAGUACCUAGGGUAUCGCCGAAAAUCAUAACAAUGGCCCUUGUGCUGGUGCACCUCCGGCGCCUUAUUCUCCUGCUGACCGUCGUCUACCUCAGCGGAGCGGUAUUCCGCCGCCUUCUCAGCGAGCGACACCACGCUCACAUCCUGCAGGGAAAUGGUUACAUGGCCCUCGGACGUCUUCGAGGAGGCGGAGGAUCCAAGGAACCCUACCACUUCCAAUGGUGGGCCUACAUCUAUACCUGCUAUGCCUACGCCGUCCUGGUCAACUACGUCAGCAUGCGCCGGCUGACCAACCUCAUUGAGUUCUUCUUGAACUGAAACACUUCGGUUUAAUUUAAAUAUCUAAAUAGUUUGAAUAAAACAGUUUUGUUAUGUUAUAAUGUCAUCGAUUAA